UGAGGCACAGUUAUGUGGACUACCAGAAUAUGAUCCGUGUCUCUGAAACUUAAAUGCAUCAGUCCUUCCCAGUCUAAGUGUGCUCACUUGGGGACUCUGUGGGGAUCCCGAUCGGUUGCCUCUUACGCACAAGCAAGUGCGCAAUGAAACCCAUGAGGUAGCGCGCGCGCGCUUCUACAUAUACCCUAGAGAGCGUAUGCGCUUUUACGCAUGGGAAUCACAGUUCGUUUCCAAACCCAACCAUGAGCAACACGUCGCACCAAAUCGCCGCGAGCAACGACACCGACCCGUACGGCAGGAACGAAGACGUGGCCAAAAUGGAGAUCACGGUUUUGAGCGUCACCUUCCUCGUGGCGGUCAUCGGAAACCUGUGCGUGCUGCUGGCCAUGCACAACACCAAGAAGAAGAGCUCGCGCAUGCACCUGUUCAUCAAGCACCUGAGUCUCGCGGACCUGGUGGUGGCUUUCUUCCAGGUUCUUCCACAGCUCUGCUGGGAGAUCACCUUCAGGUUUUACGGACCAGACUUUCUUUGCCGGAUUGUCAAGCAUCUCCAGGUCCUGGGGAUGUUCGCGUCCACUUAUAUGAUGGUGAUGAUGACCCUGGACCGCUACAUCGCCAUCUGCCACCCUCUGAAGACCCUCCAGCAGCCCACGCAGCGCGCCUACAUCAUGAUCGGGUCCACUUGGCUCUGCAGCCUGUUGCUCAGCACCCCUCAAUACUUCAUCUUCUCCCUGAGCGAGAUCCAGAACGGCUCGGAUGUGUAUGACUGCUGGGGACACUUCAUCGAGCCGUGGGGCAUCCGAGCCUACAUCACCUGGAUCACCGUGGGCAUCUUCCUCAUCCCUGUAAUCAUCCUCAUGAUCUGCUACGGGUUCAUAUGCCACAGUAUCUGGAAGAACUUCAAGUGCAAGACCAGGAGAGGCUCCCCACACAGCACUAAGAACGGGAUGAUUGGAAAGGCGUCUGUCAGUAGCGUCACCAUCAUCUCAAGAGCCAAACUAAGAACGGUGAAGAUGACAUUCGUGAUUGUUUUGGCGUACAUUGUGUGCUGGGCUCCGUUCUUCAUCGUGCAAAUGUGGUCAGUCUGGGAUGAAAACUUCUCCUGGGAUGAUUCUGAAAAUGCUGCAGUGACCCUCUCUGCCCUGCUGGCGAGUCUCAACAGCUGCUGUAACCCGUGGAUCUACAUGCUCUUCAGUGGUCACCUCCUCUACGACUUCUUAGGCUGUUUCUCCUGCUGGAACAAACCCCAAAACACGUUCCACAAAGAGGACUCGGACAGCAGCUUCAGGAGGAACACCCUCCUGUCCAAGCUGACUGCUGCCCGGACCAAAGAUGGGUUCGACUCGUGGAGAGACCCGUGCAACUCCCGAAAGUCCAGUCAGUCUGUAGGUUUAGACUAUUCCCGCAAAUCCAGUCAGUGUUUGCAGCUUGACUGCUCGCACAAAUCAAGUCAGAGCGUUUCUAUGGAGCCCGAUGGGAUGGGGAUGAAUAAAGACAUGAAAAUAAAUGUAUAAGUAUAUCUAGUAAAACCAUUUUAUCACACAUAAUGAGGAUUUCCUUACAAAAGAUACAAAUUAAGUGGUGCAAGUCAGCUCAUUUUCUGCUUGUAUAUAGGUUCCUUACUUAAAAACUUGAAAUAUUCAUGGUGGAAGUAGAAUCAUUUCAUAAUACCAUGAAUGAGAAUCUACUGAGGAAUGUUGUGUUCAUUCUUAUAAGUGAAUCAUUUGUUUUACAGCACAUCAUGUUGUGUUGUACUUUCCUUUAUGGAUAAAGUCUGUGACUUAUUGGUGAGAACCUCAGCUUCAUUUCUUAGGCUGAUGUGUGUCUUAUUUGUUUACAUCGAUAACACAAAGCUCGUUUUGAUUGGGUGGGAGCAAAAGAGUGUAUAAGUGUGUACGUUUCAUGUGUC